AUGCUGCCAGGGACAUUGAGGAAGGGAAAUGGAAUUAGCGGCGGCGUCGGGAAGGACUUGAAGCAGCGCGUGAACAUCUGCAUGAACAAGCUUGCGGACAGGGACACCGAGGCGAUGGCGGCUUCGGAACUUGAGGCGAUGGCUCGGGAUCUCCCCGCUCAUUCUCUUCCUUCUUUCCUCUCCGCUGUAUCCGACACCCGGCCAUCCGAUAAGACCCCUCUCCGCCGCCACAGUCUCCGCUUGCUCUCCCUUCUGUCCCGGAACCAGCCCCCACAAUCUCUGUCACCUUUCCUCCCUCGCAUGGUCUCCACAGUGCUCCGGCGCCUUCGUGAUCCCGACUCCUCGGUCCGCUCUGCUUGCGUCAAUGCCGUACGCGACAUGUCGUGUUCUUCCUGCGGCGGCGGCGCAUCUUCCUCCUUUAACUCCGUCUUCCUCAAGCCCCUCUCUGAAAGCCUAUUCCUUUAGCUGGAUCACAACGCGCAGAUGGGCUUGGCUAUGUGCCUCGCUGCGGCCAUCGAUGGGGUAUCCACCGUCUCUGCAGACGGAGAUCGGGGUGUUCGCAACUAUGAUCUGUAACAGCACCUGAAACGGUUGGUCCCACGUCUGGUCAAUCUUGUUAAGAAGGACAGUUUCAAGGCCAAGGGCGAUCUGCUGUCCGUGCUUGGAAGCAUUGUCGCGGCAGGCGGCGCCUCUAUCCCAGCAAUGCUGGGGAUCCUCGUUCCCUGUCUAGCGGACUCUCUUGGGAGCGACGACUGGGCCGUUCGAAAAGCUGCAGCCGAGGCCCUCACUUGUGCGGCUGCCAUCCCUGAUCGCCAACUCCUUUCCGGGUUCAAGACGUCAUACUUUUCAUCCUUCCAUGCUCGCAGAUUCGACAAGGUUCGGAAUGGGUCCCAUUCCCUUUCGGUUAGUCGUUACUUCUCAUAAAUAUUUUUGAAGGGACUCCAUGCAUCGUAUGCUUGAGAAGUGGAAGGAGGUUCUAGGUACCUUGGAAGAUGAAGAUCGCUGUGGCAAGAACACAUCGCCAUCACAUCUACAAUUCAGUUCCCUUCAGCAAGGUAGUGAACAGUGCCACUUUCAUAGACUGGUUCCUACGUCAAAACUGCUGGUAGUCCUUGAAUCACGACAGAUUGAAUUUUGAACGUUUCUCUGUCUUUUCUCAUCCCAUUUUACCCCACUUUCUUUAUGGCCUAUUUUCCCAGUAUACGUAGGGUAUCCUUUUUAAGGAACUCAGUCAACCCUGUUUUCUAUUUCUUCAUCGGAUUCUCAAAGUUCUUUUCGAAAUUUACCUUGGCACAGAAUAUGUGAGAGACCUUCGGUCCCAAGCAGGCUCCAGAGUGUCUAAUUCUGAGAGAUCUAGUCCUCUUUCAGCGAGGAUGAAUAGGUCCCCUGUUGGUAGAUCAUCUUUAUUUGUUGGCACUCCUGCAAAAAGAACCCCCCCAAAAAGAACCUCAAGAAGGCCUCUGAUAAGAAGAUUGAAAUUACCACCAUCAUGGGCGAGGAUGGGCAGCAGGAUGAAAAGAGAUGUAACGAAGUUCUAGAGGAUGUGAGGACCAAACUAGAAGCGCAAAUAUGCGCAUUUGAAAAUUUUGAGGGAAGAGUAAGAGAUUUUAGGGUUUCAAAAAGCAGAUCUCGUGUGAUUCCGGUCCAACAAGAAGGAAUUCCAGGUCAUACUCUUGAAAGGAAUGGGGCAUUUGGAGACAGGGACGGUGAUCUAUCAAUGAUUCGAAAGCAACUAGUUCAGAUUGAAACCCAACAGUCAAGCCUAUUGGAUCUUCUCCUGGUAACUUUUUGUUCCUGAUCAAAUUAUCAGUUUCAUUUCUUAUUUUACUUAUUCUGAGACCCUCUAUUUGAGUAAUUUGAAUUUUUUAAAUUAGGUUCAUUAGAUCUACCUCGUGAACAGGUUUAAAUGGCUUACCUAGUCUGCAUCAAUUUGAUUUCAUUGAUGGCUUUCUUCAACGGAAAUUUUAUACAGAAGUCUUUUUCUGACUAUCAUUUAUUGCCGCAUUCCCCGGGCAUCGUUUUGCCAUUCUAUAAGCAAUUCGGAAGUAUCCAUUUUCUUGUUCAUAGAUAACUAUAGAUGUUCUUAUUCUGGCGAAUUAAAGCUUGGCUAUCGAAUAAUGUUUCCAGUCUGACUACAAAGUCGGUUUGGUACUAGUUGAAACAUCUGAUCAUUGAUGGCUAUGCACAUCAUUUAGUUGACAAAAGAACCAGUGGCUACAGUAAAAUCUCUCUGAGGGAGCUCACUACUAUAUAUGACAUUUUCUUUCUCCUCGCAGUACUUUGUUGCAAGAUACCAGGUGCAGAAUUCUUGAGCUCAAAAUUUUGGAGGAGAACUGAAGGACGAUACUCUUCCAUGUUUUCGGUAACUGGUGGUCUGGCAAUGGUGAGAGCACGGAGCUCUGUUGAGAACACUGUGAAUUCCAUCAAAAGGGAGAAGUGGACAUUCGGACAUCAGGGUGGGCUUGUUGUCAAUCCAUUAGCGGAAGCUAGCCCGCCCUCAGUCCUGUGAGAAUCCCAGCUGUAAUUCAGAUAUUAUGCUGAAAAGUACUGUGCACAUGCCCAGUGACAGCACACCGAUUUCCAGAGCUGCUGAUCGGCUGAGAAGGUAAGAUAUCGUUCUUAAUGAAUUCAUUUUUUAUUUGACUCUUGUAGGCUUAAAGUCCAGGCCAGAAAAAUGAAAUAGCAGUUUUAUUAAAGCAUAAACGCAUCAGUAAGGGAAUUAAUGUCUUUUACUGAACCUGUGGAAAAUUAAAUUAAUUACUAGAAACACAACCUAAUACUUGAUAGAAAAAAGAUCCAGCAUUGGGAUUUUCUGAGCCGUUGACUCUGCUAAGGUCCAGGUACGAUCCAUAAUAGAUCUGACCAACUGCCCAUCCUACAUUUAUGGAAAGGUUGGUAAGUAGGGUUCAUAGGAAAGUGGAUGUGAUUGACUCUUUCGGGAGAAAGUAGGGGUCGUCACAGACUAGAAGGAACAAGAAGAGGGUAAGUCGUUUCUGCCAUAAUGGAUCGUUCUCCUUCCGCUGAGAUGCCCUCUUCUUUGUUUAGUUCAUUCCCCGUGGCACAAAAGAAUGAUGAUCCAUUUUUGGAUUUAUUUCAUCUAUUCUACGCCAGAACAAUGGGACAGUUCAAAUAA